AUGUAUCUGCUCUAUGCUUCGCUUGUUUUGCUUUCUCUUAGUGAUGGUCUCCGUCCGAGCUGCCCAGGACGGUGCAGCUGUGAUGCGCUGCACGUGGUGCAGUGCUACAGGCUGACCGAGGUCCCCGCCAGCCUUCCUUCCACCACCAAGAGGCUCUCCAUCAGCCACAGCAAAAUGAAACAUCUCCAGCUAUCUGACUUCACGCGGAUGGUGGCGCUAGAAGAGCUUAUUCUUCUGGCCAGUGGAACAGAGACAGUUGACAACGACACGUUCAACACGCUGAGUACAUUGAAGACCUUGGAGCUCUGGAAAAAUAAGCUAAGACGGGUCCCCACAGGGCUCCCAGCCAGUCUGGAAGUGCUCAAACUCAGUGAUAACUCAAUAUGUGUCUUACAUGGAUCGGAAUUUGCAGGGCUGAAGAAACUGAAAGUGCUUGAACUGAAAAACAACCUCCUCUCUUCCCUUGCUCCCAGCAUGCUCUCCUCUCUCGUCAGUUUACAAAGUCUGGUGUUGGACGGCAACAACAUAGAAUCUGUGGCUGGGCCACUGGCACUUCCUCAUCUGAAACGUAUGAGUAUGGACAAUAACAAACUGCACCUCGUACCAGGUAGCUUCUUUAUUUCCCUCCAGUCUUUGCAGUUUCUUAGUUUCAGUGGUAACUUACUGACUAAAAUUCCUGCCAAUCUGCCCAAAUCCUUGCUGUCUUUAAAGAUGGAGAGAAACCAGCUUAAUGUGGUAAGAUUUCGAGAUCUUAAACAUUUGGAGAAUCUGUCCCAUCUUUACCUGUCAGAAAACUCACUUUCUUCCAUCGAUGGGGCCCAGAUCCUUGCCAAUUUAACUACUCUCGAGUUGUCUCAAAACCAGCUUCAAAUGUUGCCCCUUAGACUCCCGGCAAGGUUACAAAAACUCGAUUGCAGCAACAACCUGAUUCAGAGAGUGACUGUGCAAGACUUCCAGGACCUCCGAGACUUGAAACAUUUGUUUCUGGACAACAACCUUGUCAGCUUGUUCGAAGCUGGAGCCCUGCAAAGGUGUUCUCAGCUCUCCAACCUGGCCCUGGAACAGAACCUGCUCUUGUCUAUACCACUAAGGCUCCCGGGGACCUUAGCCAGGCUGGACCUCAAAGGGAAUGCCAUCCAGGACAUUGCCGAGCGGGAGCUCAAGGAUCUUAAGCAGCUCCAGGUUCUAAACCUGAGGAACAACAAGAUCUCUGCCUUAGACUUCAAAGCGCUGGAGGGCCUGCCCCGCCUCAGACACCUCUACCUGGAUGGAAACCCCUGGAACUGCACCUGCAGCCUCCUCAGGGCCAGGGAGGUCCUGAAGGCCAGGGGCACAGAUGUGAGGGGCGGACAGUGUGCGGCACCAGCUGAGCGGCAAGGGGAGAGCUGGAUGUCUUCCAAGAAGAUCAUGAGGCAAUGUGAGCAUCACUUACACCUGGCCGAGAAAACCAGAGAGCCGAAGAAGAAAGCAAAGCCCGAAGAUCACCCCAGCACCAGAAUCCCCGUGGAUGAUGAUGACUAUGAUUAUGAAAUAGAUUAAGCAGGAGCUCUCUUGACAGCCUAUGAAUGGAUGUUCAUGCUCUUAACGCAGAAAUUUAGUGGGCAUGUAGCGAGGCAAGAAUCCCUUUUGUAAGUUUUUAAAAAUAAACUGAGGGUUAGGAUAAGCGGGGGCUGGGGGGAGAGAGGGGUA